AUGGCUCCAACCAAGAACCUAUCCCACCAACAAAAAACUCAAAUAAUGCAAAAUUUAUUGUGCAAAUUAAACAAGAAGGGAAAACCGAUGCUAAGUAUAAUUAAUGAACUCACAACAGAGUACAAAGUCUAUAGAAAAACAAUCACGAGAUUAUGGAAAGAAGUUCAAAAGCAAAAGGAAAACAACAACACAACCAUCAACCUCAACAACAAGAGGGUUGGGAGACAAGCACCCAACAAAAUCCAAUUUGAUGAUGAGAAGUUCAAGUCCAUCAAAUUUGAACUAAAAGGCACUCAACAUGCAGUGGCAAAACAAAUGAAAGUAUCACAGUCAACAGUAUCUAGGUUGAAGAAGGACAGAGUUAUUAGAAAGCAUACAAACGCUAUCAAACCCACACUGAAUGAUAACAACAAACUACACAGGUUAAGUUUUGCAUUAUCUAAGUUGCAAUAUGAUGAACACACUGAUUCUUUCAAGUUUAAGUCACAUAAUAACAUUGUUCAUAUUGAUGAAAAACACUUUUAUCUAACUCGAGAAUCACAGACUUACUACCUAGCACCGGGUGAAGUAGAACCACAUAGGGAAUGUCAGUCCGAAAGAUUCAUCCCAAAAAUAAUGUUCAUGUGUGCUAUUGCAAAUCCAAUUUUUUUAACUAAUGGUGAUGUGUUUUUUGAUGGUAAGAUAGGAAUAUGGCCUUUUAUUACUCAAGAGCCUGCGAAAAGGAGCUCAAAGAACAGAAAAGAGGGGGGAAUAGACCAAACCAUAAGAGCUAAGUGGCCACACGGAAUGUCAAAGCACAUUUUUAUUCAACUGGAUAAUGCAAAGCCGCACAUAGCACACAAUGACAAUGAAUUUAUGGAGGAGGCAUUGAAUGAUGAUUUUUUUCAUACAACUUGUACAACAACCACCAAAUUCUCCUGA